AUGGCAAUUUACAGCCCAGUUACCGGAGCUGGUUUCGCAGAGAGCUACAUGCUAGGAGAGUUCACAACGCCAGAUCUGACCAAGUUCUUCGAGCUCUUCAUUCUAAACCGCAAUUACCUCUCCAACGGCUCAACCUUCACAUCCGCAAUCUCCUCAGGCCUCGCGGGCCUAGUACGAGGCAGCAACAACCUCAAGAACGCACGCCUCAACAUCCAAGCACAUUACGACAUCUCCAACGAAAUGUUCGCCGCCUUCCUCUCCAAAGACAUGACCUACUCGUGUCCGGUAUGGCUACCAAAAUCCCACCCCGACUCGGCGAGCGAAACCCUCUACGACGCCCAAAUGCGAAAGCUCGACCGCUUCAUCGACAACACACACAUCAAAGGCACAGAUCACGUGCUAGAAAUCGGCACAGGAUGGGGCAGUUUCGCCAUGCGCGCCGUCCAAAGAACCGGGUGCCGAGUAACCUCGCUCACACUCUCGAUUGAGCAAAAAGAACUAGCCGAAGAGCGCAUACGCGCCGCCGGCAUGUCCUCUCAAAUCUCCGUCCUUCUUUGCGACUACCGCAGCCUCGCCGUCCCCUCGGAUGGCCCCUUUGACAAGGUCGUCUCGAUCGAAAUGCUCGAAGCAGUCGGCAAAGAAUACCUAGUCACCUACUUCAAAUGCAUAGACCGACUGCUUAAGAAAGACGGUGGAAUCGCCUGCUUCCAAUGCAUCACCAUGCCCGACGCGCGCUACGAAGCCUACGCCAAAUCCGACGAUUUCAUCCGCCGCUACAUUUUCCCCGGCGGCCAUUUACCAGCCGUCUCCGAACUCGUUGCUGCUAUUCAAACCGCCACCGGUGGCGCCCUCGUCGUCGAUGGCAUCGAGAAUAUUGGCCCUCACUAUGCGAAGGCGCUACGGCUUUGGCGCCAGGAGUUUCUGGAUAAGUGGGCGGAUGUUAUUAAACCGCAGCUUAUCAAGGAGAAGGCGGGUGAGGGCAUGGAUGAUGAGGGCGCCGAAGUGUUUAAGCGCAAGUGGGAUUACUACUUUAGAUAUAGUGAGGCGGGGUUUUCGACAAAGACGUUGGGGGAUGUUAUUUUGACGGUGGGGAGGGAGGGCGCUAUGCAGAUGAUGGAGGAAGUGCCGUUGUAG